AUGACCGGGGUUUUAAGUGACGAAGCCGGCGCCAUUUUCAUCCUGGUCAAUCACGUGGUGCUGAGCAGCGUGAUCGGAGUUUUCGGAAUUGGGGCGAACGUCAUCAACAUGUGCGUGUUUUUGAAAGAAGGUCUGAGCAACUCCACGAACAUCAGUUUCUUCUGCAUGGCGAUCUCUGAGCUCUGCAGUCUCGUCACCUUGCUGUGGUUGAACGUCUGCCUGAACCCUUACGUCGGCCGCCUCGACGACGGCAUCAAUUUUACGGACGUAUCUUAUCUGACCGCCGGGUGGCCCCACGGCUGCGCCGCCCGCAUCACCAGCUGGAUCACCGUCUACAUCACGUUCGAGCGCUGCUUGUCCAUAACGCUGCCCCUGAGGAUCAAACAAAUCCUUACCCCUCGAAAAACGGCCACCAUAGUGGCGAUAAUCUACGUCGUGAAUAUCUUGUCCUUGGUACCCGAGUAUUCCACUGUUUAUUUGGAUUGGAGAGUUGCCGCUCCUAAAAAUAAAAAGACCUUUGGGCUGGCGUUUAGAAGUAAUCGACCCGUAACGAAAGGUCUCACGUUUGCAUUCCACGGUGCGUUCUCGUUCAGUGCAUUUCUGUGCGUUGUGUUUUUCACCAGCGUGCUGGCCAUCCAGCUCCGACGCACGGCGAGAUGGCGUCAGCAGUCGACGUCUGAUCAAGUUCAAAUGAAAACGAUGUCAACAAGGGAUCAGAAGACCGUGAUCAUGAUCAUCAUGGUCGCCCUGUCUCUGAUCGUCUGCUACUCGCCAGGGGUUACCCUGUCCGCCAUAACCAUCUGCGUGGCUGGAUUCAGCGUGGAUGGAAAGGAGAAAAACUUAUUUUGGGCUUCGUGGUCGUUUGGCUUCAUGCUACACUCCGUCAACUCCAAUGUGAACAUUCUACUGUAUUACAAGAUGAGUUCCAAGUAUCGGAAAAUAUUUAAAGAAUUGUUUAAAAGAAGGGAAACAUCAGACGGAAGUUCCAUGAGA